UUGAGGCGUGUGUAAUCAUUAUUUCAAGUCGAUAUAGAAGAAACCUUUAUAGCUGAAUCAAUCGUACGUCUCUUUCUAAUAUGGAGAGAAAAAGAUAAACUCUGAACUAGUGCCACUAGUGCAGCCAAUUCAGUUAUAAAGAACAGACUUAAAAUGUGAGAAAGUGCAGCAAAAACAGACCGUAGCGUCGUAUUAUCAUUCUAUCUUCGUUUAAUGAAUGGACUACGUCACGCGUGGUGUAGUUCGGUUACAAUUCGGAGUAGUCAUGUCAAGGGUGUUGUCCGAAGUGCUCGAUUGACUCUAAAGAGAUAUUUGAAAGGAAAAUGUGGCUCGAUUAUUUUGCGAUAUUUUGGAUAUCUCUUUGCAGUUUUGUAUUAACUCAUAUUCAUGGCCAGCAUCUCAAUAAUACAAUCACAUGGUGUACAGUUUCCGAUGGCGAACAGAAUAAAUGCGAGGCCUUUUCCAGGGCAGUUGAUCGUGAAAUAGGGUCCUUUGGCUUUAGCUACUUUUCGAUUCAUUGCAAACGAGCUUUUAAUAAGGAAGAAUGUAUGACUAUGUUGGAUCAUGAAAAGGCCCAGAUAACAACAUUAGAUGCUGGAGAAGUUUUCAUAGCUGGAAGAUAUCAUAGUCUUGUACCAAUAAUGCAGGAAAUAUAUGAAAGUGGUGUGAAUUAUCAAUAUGCUGUUGCUGUGAUUAAGAAAGCUUCUUUGCCAGAUGUACAAAGUUUAUAUGAUCUUAGACAUAAGAAGGCCUGUUUUGCUGGUGUUGGAACAUUAGCGGGUUGGGUUAUUCCUAUUAACACUCUUAUGCAACAUGGGGGAAUGGAAGUCAUUGAUUGUAACAAUCAUGUAAAGUCAACAAUUAAAUACUUUGGUCCUAGUUGUGCAGUAAAUUCUUUGAUUGACAAAUAUAAUCCUCUUGGUGAUAAUUCUGAUCAAUUGUGUAGUUUGUGCAUUGGAAAAAUACCUGGUGGCAAAUGCACAUAUCAAGAUCCUUACUCAGGAUACGAAGGAGCUUUUCGAUGUCUAGUCGAAGCGGGCGAAAUUGCAUUCUUGGUGCAUACGACUGUACAAGAGAUGACUUCAACGACAUUUGACUUUAGUUCCGUGAAGAAGGAGCAAUUCGAACUUCUCUGCAGAGACGGUACUCGCAGAUCCGUGGACGACUACAGAAUCUGUAAUUGGGGUACUGUACCAUCGCGCGCGAUAGUCACAUCUUCGGCGACAAAUUUCGAGAUUCGUCGAAUGUACCAAAGAUUUCUUGAGAAGGCGGUUCGAAUAUUACAUAAAAAUAAAAAUAAUACGACGGAUUCGAAUCGUUUCGAUGAUAAUCAAAGGAAUUAUGAAAAUCGUUCGGGUUACAACAACAGGUUUGAUGAGAAUGACUUUAAUAGAGAUGGUAUUAACAAUCCAAACGAAUAUAGCACGGACAAUAGGGAUCGCAAUGGAUAUGAUCGAAGUUUUGGCGGCGGCGGCAACGGAUUCAAUUCAUGGGAGAAACCUGCAAUUAACGACACAUUCAAUUAUUACAAUAGAAAUCACACCGAAUCUACGAAUGUACAGCCGAUAGAAGUAUUUGAUUUGUAUGAGUCGGCACCUAGAUAUGGAAUGCAGCAUAAUUUAAUAUUUUCAGAUUCUGCUCGCGAUUUCGUGCAAUUGCCUGAGAAAGAUCAAACAUACACAGGAUACUUGGAAAGAUCCAUAGAUAACAUAUUAGGAGUCCGCCAUUGCCCUGUAAAUCGAAUGACUUUAUGCGUUACAUCCGAUCCGGAAAUGGAAAAAUGUGUAAAGAUGAAGAUUGCUUUAAAAGCUCAGCUACUGAAACCAGAAUUGCUUUGUCAUAGAGGCCACAGCCAAAUAAAUUGUAUGCAAUCGAUACAAAGCGGGAUUGCCGAUGUAGCUGUAUUGGAUGCCGGUGAUGUUUAUACUGCUGGACUACGUUUCAAUCUGAUCCCGUUUAUAUCUGAAGUGUAUAAUCUCGGCACGCCAGAUUAUUACGUCGUCGCCGUCGCUAAGGAGGAGGACGACAACACAGAUCUGACAUAUCUGAAAAACAAAUAUACCUGUCAUACGGGGAUUAACACUGCCGCGGGAUGGAUCUAUCCAUUGGCGUAUCUUAUCUCUAACAAGUGGAUCAGAGGUUACGGUUGCGAUUCCGUGCGUGCCGCCGCUGAAUACUUCACUAAAUCCUGCGUGCCAGGAGCGCUUAGUACCGAAUAUAAUAUAGGCGUGCCUUAUGAUAACAUGUGCGAUUUAUGUCACGGGGUAAGCCACAGAUAUUGUCGAAGAGACGCUUCCGAGGAUUAUUUUGGAUACACGGGCGCCUUUAGAUGUCUGGUAGAAGGCGGUGGAGAUGUGUCUUUUGUCAAACACACAACGGUCGCGGAGAACACUGACGGCAAGCGCAAGGAAUUCUGGGCGCGCAACACUUUUACCAAGGAUUUCGAGUUACUUUGUCCGGACGGUACGCGUCGUCCGACCAUGGAUUAUGAGAAUUGCAACUUGGGCAAAGUUGCCGCCAAUGCUAUAGUCACACGCGGCGGUUAUGGCUACAACGAGACGCAGAUCAACGCGUAUAUAAAUCUGUUCAUAUACGCGCAACAAUUUUACGGCCGGAAAGAGCAGGACGAGUUUAGCUUCAGCAUGUACUAUAGCCCACCUCCUUAUAGCGAUCUCAUUUUUCAGGACGCUACUCAACAGUUAAUAGUCAUACCGCCGGAAAAGCGAGAAUAUAGCACGUAUCUCGGACCAGAUUUUAUGAGAGCUAGACGAAUUGUGGAUUGCAACGCUGGUGCGUCAGCCAUAAGCUAUUCAUUGUUUGGUACAAUAGUUAUGAUAGCAUUCACUUUUGCGUUCGGUAGAUAAGUAUCGCUAUAACAAUACGAUUUAUUUGCUUUUACAUGAAUAGUUUGCGUUGUAAGAUUACAAAAGGAAAAGACGAUCUGAUAAAUCUGAUAGAAUUUUAUUAUUGACAAUGUAUAUUUUAUUGCUACGACGUAAAUUUAUUUUAAAUAUUAUUUUAUAAAUAUUUUACACAUCUAUAUAUUUAACAGUACAAAUGGCUGAAAGAGAUAGAGUUAGAUAUAUUAAUGAAUUUCAUGGCUGCCUUUAUGUCCGUCCAACGGAGCCUUAUUCUAAAUAUUUCCGUCCAAAUACGAUAAAUUUAGUGAUCUGUUAAUCUUAAGGAUUAUUGUAUAUUUAAUAUAAUUUGAUAUAAUGUAUAUUUUAUAUAUUGUCCACACAUUAACAUUUUUAUAGAAAUAAAUCUUUAUAAAUUU